AUGCCAUGGUAUUCUCGCGUAGAAGCCGCCCCCAAGACAGCCCCCGCCCAAAGUACCGAACCAAAUGGGUCCCCUCCAGCGGCCCAUCCCAAACCAAAAAAAAUGGGGUCCCACAUCUCGCUCUCCGGACCUCAGGCGCUCUGCUCUCAUCCAGCCCCAACUGUGCUGUGGAUGGCGCGCGUGCACCGACCCCCUAAUCUCGGGACAGCGGAAACAGGAUGUUCUCCCUGUCUCGGUAUUUACACAUCCACAGCACAGUCUGUGGCUGUGAUGAGAGCAGAGCGCCUGAGGUACGGAGAGCGAGAUGUAGUGAGCCAUUUUCUUUUCGGAUUUCGGAUGGUGCCGCGUGGAGGAGACGCCAUGUUGGUUCAGAUGUUUGGGCGGUUGAACUCCGUGGUUGGGUGGAUUCCGGCAGUCUGCGCUGUGACCGCGAUGGCGCUCGGACACGGCGGCGCUUCGAACGAAAACGCAAAUUCCUGUGACGUCAUAGGUAUCCGGAUACGCGAGAGGGAACCCGCGAUGACCAGGAUGACAUAUGAGUUUGACCUCCGUGACCCCGCAAGGUGUGAGAAAGGCUCUUGGAACAUCCGGGUCUUAUCGGUAGACGGUGGGCAGAGUUAUUCAAAUAUCAGGACCAAUCAGAGGCAGGGAGGUCUAUGCUUCCCGAAUCCGGGGAAAUUUAAGCUAAAAGUCGGUUCCGUCACUUCAGGCGAGUUCGACGUGCCGAGUCUUUCAGUCAAUUAUUCGCUCGCCUUUCUGUCCUUCAACACCAAAAUCCUGGCUCUCAACCUCAACACGAGGGGGGACAACCGCGCGGCGAGUUGGAGGCUCAGCGUCUUCAGGUGCAGGACACGCAGGAGACAAGUCGAUUCGCGCUACGUCGAGGAAGAGUGUGCUCGCGUGCCUGGCGUUGGCUGCGACAACUGCUCGACGCACAUUCGACUCGACGCCGACUUCGCCUCGGAUGCCUGUUAUGUCUUUCAUCUGGAUCCAAUAGGUAAGGACGAGACAUGCCUACUGCAGAAGGACAACAGCUACUUCACUCACCCCGCCGGCUGCCACCCCUCGGCCCCCGCGACGCCUCAGCCGCAGGAGGGGCGACUGACUCCCCUGUGGUUCAUCUUCCUCGCCGUCGGGGUGAUGCUGGCGGGGGUUACGUGCGCACUGAUGAUGGUCAUGCUGAGAGGAAAACUUUGCGGGCAUUUUAAAAACGACGGUGUUGCCAACUCGGGGUCAGCGACUAAGGCGAAGAGACAGCCCUUGCCCGUGAUGGUCCUGUACGCGAGGGACGGCGUCGAGCACCUGGCCAGGGUGGCCGCCUUUCUGCUAGAGCUGAAGAGGCAGGUGGAUUGCCAGAUCCUCGACCUGCACGACGAGAGGCACGCCCACAUCCUAGCCGAUCCCGCCGGCUACAUCCUGGAGGCGACAUCCAUCCGCUCCUUCACCAGGGUCAUCCUCGUCCUGUCCAGCGAGGUCACGAGGCUGCAGAGGUCAUUUCUGGAAAACGAGUCAGACGCGGAGGCGCCGUCGGAAGCCCUCGGCCGCGUGGCGAAACCCCAAAGGGCCUCCGCUCCUGCGGCGCUGAAAAGGCUGCCGGUCGACCUCGCUGCGUUAUUCCAGGAUCUUCGUCGUCAGAAUAAACACCAAUCCCCACUGCUCUCCAACAAUCAAAAGACUAAUAGACCCCAUUCCCCCCCCCCCCAGCCUGGACGGCACCUCGGCCCCUCGCCGGGACGUGAAGCUGCUGGUGGACGCUCGCCGAUUCCAUCUGCCCGGACACUGGUCGCCCCUCCUCGCUGCUCUCUCGUCUGCUGCUCCCUGCUGAGAGUCUUAACUCUCCUUUCCGAGAUUCACAAUGAAUAUGAAGAUGUCAAUGUCAGUUUCACUCUACUUCCGUAG